UUAUAGUUUCAUUCUCUGUCGGAUUUUUGCUUUCUCUCUCCUCAUCGCAGCGAUCGAUUUCCUCGGCCUCUACUUCUCCUCGCGAAGGACAAGGCUCUAGGGUUUCGGUUCUGGGAUCGAGAAGGGAGAGGAAAGAUGAGGGAAAUCAUCAGCAUUCAUAUUGGGCAGGCGGGGAUUCAAGUGGGCAACUCCUGCUGGGAGCUGUACUGCCUCGAGCACGGGAUCCAGCCGGAUGGCAUGAUGCCAAGUGAUACGACAGUGGGUGUUGGCCAUGAUGCCUUCAAUACCUUUUUCAGCGAAACCGGUGCUGGUAAGCAUGUCCCAAGAGCAUUAUUCGUAGAUCUCGAGCCAACUGUAAUCGACGAGGUGAGGACUGGUGCUUACAGGCAACUCUUCCAUCCGGAGCAGCUCAUCUCCGGGAAGGAAGAUGCCGCGAACAACUUCGCCCGAGGACAUUACACAGUUGGAAAGGAGAUUGUCGAUUUGUGCCUUGAUAGGGUGAGAAAAUUAGCAGACAAUUGCACUGGAUUGCAGGGGUUUCUAGUUUUCAAUGCUGUUGGUGGUGGAACCGGAUCUGGAUUGGGUUCUUUGUUGUUGGAGAGGUUGUCUGUGGAUUAUGGAAAGAAGUCAAAACUUGGCUUUACCAUCUAUCCUUCCCCACAGGUUUCUACAGCAGUUGUAGAGCCAUAUAAUAGUGUCCUAUCCACACACUCCUUACUGGAGCACACCGAUGUUGCUGUCCUUCUUGACAAUGAAGCCAUCUAUGACAUCUGCAGGCGAUCUCUGGAUAUUGAGAGGCCAACUUAUACCAACCUAAACCGUUUGAUUUCUCAAAUCAUAUCAUCCUUGACAACAUCUCUUAGGUUUGAUGGAGCUAUCAAUGUGGAUAUCACCGAAUUCCAAACCAACCUCGUUCCCUAUCCAAGAAUCCAUUUUAUGCUUUCCUCCUAUGCUCCUGUCAUCUCUGCUGAGAAAGCUUACCAUGAACAGCUUUCAGUUCCUGAAAUCACAAAUGCAGUGUUUGAACCAUCGAGUAUGAUGGCAAAGUGUGAUCCAAGGCAUGGGAAGUACAUGGCUUGCUGCCUUAUGUACCGUGGAGAUGUUGUUCCAAAGGAUGUUAAUGCUGCUGUUGCCACAAUCAAGACAAAGAGGACUGUUCAAUUUGUUGAUUGGUGUCCAACUGGUUUCAAGUGUGGAAUCAACUACCAACCUCCUUCAGUUGUACCUGGAGGUGAUCUGGCCAGGGUGCAACGUGCAGUUUGCAUGAUUAGUAACAACACUGCUGUUGCCGAGGUGUUCUCCCGCAUUGACCACAAGUUCGAUCUCAUGUACGCGAAGCGGGCCUUCGUGCACUGGUACGUUGGAGAAGGAAUGGAAGAAGGAGAGUUCUCAGAGGCAAGGGAGGAUCUUGCUGCACUUGAGAAAGACUACGAAGAAGUCGGAUCUGAGGUUGUUGAUGAAGAUGGAGAAGGAGAGGACUAUUGAGUUGGUUGGAAUGUGUGCUUUUCUAUUAGGGUCAAUUGAUGAUGACAAAAGUGAAAUGGGAAGAUCACAAGCCAAAAUCUCUACGCAAAGUGACUACCUUUCUUACCCAACGCUUGGACUUCAGCAAAAAUGGCAAUCUGAUCUAGGCUUGGCAACGCUGCUGCGUUGAAUCGGAUUAAUUAUUCUGUGAGGAUGUCGAAUGUCGUCCGGAAAUCAAUUAGAAUGCGCCACAUUAUCCUGUGCUUGGUACCAUGGUUUGGUAUUGUU